GUCACUCCUAAUCACUGUCAACCAUCAACGGCCGUGAUUGAGAGCGUCCUGCGACUACAAACAAUUGUCUCUUUUUCCUUUCAUGAGAAGUUUGGAGUUGUUGUCAAACUUGGACCUUAUAAACCAACACUGGAUUUACAUUUGAAGAAAAACAAGUUAUUUUCAUGUCAGAGUAAAGUGGAGUACUUAUCAAAUCUUUACAAGGAAAUACUAAACGUCGCAAGGAAUCGCAAUAAUGUUUCUUUAUGAACUUGUCUCACACGUCAGCAUAUGUUUCGCAUAUUUAUAAACUUAAGCAUGUAACCUCUUGUUGCAUUUAGUAAGAAGAACAUGCCUCUGUUCCUUAGUAAAAGCGUCCAGAUUUCCUAAAGACUCAGGAUUUGCGUUUCUCCUCUAGUCCAGUUAAGUUCUUCAACUGGUUUUGACUCAAAACUGAGUCUCACCUCAGUUAUAUCAGCCGCCCACAAGAGCUGGUCGACUUCAGUCAUGAAUGUGCCAAGGUGCUCUGGAGUUUGCGCUAUGAUGAGACUUCUGGCUCUGUUUAUACACGUUAUGUCAACGACAGCAAAGAGACACGUUGUAUACUGGAACUCUACAAAUACACGGUUAACAGGAGAUGAUUACUCUGUCCAGGUCAAUCUGAGUGAUUAUCUGGAUAUACUGUGUCCACACUAUCCUACCAACCACCCGUCGAGCAGCCCUGUGGAGGCUCUGGCUCUCUACCUGGUGGCUGAGAGCCAGUUCAAGGGCUGCGUGGAGACUAAAGAGGCCAUUAAGAGAUGGGAGUGCAACCAGCCGUUCGCUCCCUAUGGCCCUGUCAGAUUCUCUGAAAAGAUCCAGCGCUUCACACCCUUCUCCCUGGGCUUUGAAUUCCUGCCCGGAAGCCAUUACUACUAUAGCUCACUAUCCACAGACGACGGACCCCCCCUCCCAUGUAUGAAACUACGAGUCACUGUGUGCUGUCCACCGAGCUGGCUCUCAGACCCCUGCAGUUAUGUUGACCUUCCGCUCUGCUUGGCUGAUGCGGGAUCAGCAGGGAAUGCUGCCCAGUAAGAGUGGGAAUGGCAGUCCAGUCCGUAAGCCGUCCGACCCAAUUCCACCUCCUGCUUCACACACAUGCACAGACACGCACACCAACUCAGAAGCUGUCGAACCCAAUAUCCAAGUCCUGUCCUGGCCCCAAACCUGCCUUCUGGCCUCUCGCACUCUCUCUAACUUUUCAUGACACCAUUUGUACUUAUUCAGCUAUGAAAAUGUUCUAUGUUCGUUACAGGCUAGUUUGACUGGAGAUCAACAGCACUGUAUUUAAACAUCCAAGUUACUUUUUCAUAGUUGGAAAAGUGGGUAACCAUUGCGUUUGUUCCACAUAAAGUAAAUCAAACAAACUUUCUGUUGUGAAAUCAAAUUCUUGUAGCCUUUAAGGAGAUGUGUUGUGUAACCUUCAGGGAGAAAUAUCUAGUUUCUAGUUUGUGGCUGGAGCAGAAAAUGCUUGUGCAAUUGAUUUGAAAUGUUUGUAUGUGAAACAUAAUGAUCUGAGGUGGAUGUUAUUUAUUUUAGGAGCAAAAUUUGAUAAGGGAAGAUGGAGUUUUUUGUUGUUUUGAGGAGGAAAAGGUUCUUCAUUCAAUCAGACUAACAUUUACUUUAUCUGUGGUAGAUGCUUUAAUAAAUGCAUGGAAUGACAACUUUUCUCAUGCUCUCGCUUCAGAUGGUCCAUCUCUUUUAUCCCUCUCUACUCUUCCUCUCUAUCUUUUCCCCUCUUUUUCUGUUCUCUGACCGAAACUAAUCCUGACUAAACUGUAGCAUCCCUGCUUCUCCCUCCCUCCUUUUUUCUUCUUCUUUCUCCUCCUAGUGUUUAGUCGUUCCUGGAGUGGCACUAAUCUCCCCCACUCUGUUUCUUUUAGUCUUUUCCUUUCCUCCCUCAUUUUUAUGAUCUGUCGUUACCAGAGCAAAACUAAUCAGAGUCUUAUCCACUACACUUUCCCCGAGUCUCCACUCUCUUCAGACUCUGUCCAUGUCUGGGUUUCUCCUCAUAUUCCAUUCCAUCUGUCCAUUGCAUCAUGUUCCUGAAUAGUUAUAGACACAUCUAUUUAUAUUCAUACAUACAUAUUUGACCAUUUUUUAAGCAUUUUAGUUGACCGCUGUGCUUGGUUGGCCAAUUAACAUAAGUUUUCAUGCAUUCCUGUGACAGUUUUGUCAAGG